AUGAAGAGAAAAGGCAAACAGCGGAGACGACGUUUAGCUCUUCAACAUAUUGGAAAUGCUCCUGCUACCCUACCUACUUCAGACAACGAAGUUCCUCCUAGUGAAAAUAUUAAUCAACGAGCGCAAGCUGGACAACAAAGAUCGAUCCAGGCAAGGCGAGCAAGAAAUAUAUUAAUAAAAAAACAGGUAGCUCAAAUCGCUCAGCUUAAAUCAACAAUAAAAUGUUACAAAAAAAGGCUUCAGAGAUCCAAAGGACAAUAUAAUAUGGAGAUAGAGAAAAGUCCAGGUACAAAGGUAAGCGCAUUACUUAAUUCACCAAAAUCGAGAGAUACUGUCAAGAAAAAAAUAUUAUGUAGAGAAGUUCUUUCUCAACAAUUAAGAGAUAAUUUUUCGGAUCUUACGACUCAAAAAGAGCAAAGACUGUUUCAGAGAAUGAUAAGUGGAAAACUGGUUUCAAAAUAUGUAGUUUUAGAAGGAGACAAGAUAUUAAAACCUAUUAAGAAAAGAAAAACUAAAUUAACUUUAAUAGAAGUAAAACGAAGCACAAGAAGAAAAUCGAUAACUUUGAGAAAAACUAUAGAAAUUUUCAUGGAAGAAGAUUCAAACAGUAGAGUGUGUGCUGGUAAAAAAGACGUUGUAACAAAACAAGGGACACGUCCGGCCGUGACGACGCUCGCUCGGCGACUGACUGGAGAGAGGUUCGCGCCAUAUGAUGAGGAGGAGAGAUCACGAGAUGUGGACCGGCUGACGGCGGGACCCGGGAGACAUCAGGGAGAUAGGAGGCACACGUACGAGCGGAUGAUAGUAGCAGAUAGCGGAAGACGACACUCUACGGAUAAUGGGGGGCGAAGUCCGAAGUCCCGGACCCAGGGGCUGGUGCAAGUGCAUCACAGAUUAAUGAUAAGACAACGAGAUAUAUGCGAUGUCGUGUCUCUUCUCGUUUACUGUCCCACAGAACGAUCGUAUUUGGUCACUAAAGAAAGUAACGGCGAGUUCUGGAUACCUUGUAGCAAGAGCGAGAAAAAUUGCUGGAAAUUUACCGCUCAUAAGAUACAUUUCGAGAUUCUUGGUAUGGAUACGUCAUCGGAGUGCAGCCCUUUAAGAAUUUACAAGAUUUGGCUUCCAAAACAUCGCAGGAGAUGUGUGUACCACGCGGUUUACAAAGUGGCCAUCAAAGCUGAUGUAAAGAAGAGAGCUAAACUGAGACCAAGUAACCGCAAUCGCCUUCAGUGGCUAACGUCAUCUGAGCUGGAGCGUCAGCGAGCACACGCUACUCUGAGGAGUCCUGAACUAGCGCUGUUUGCUCAGCUAGCCAGUGGAGAUAUCCUUAGAAGCAAUGAGAUGGACACCGGCAUGAUAGUGGAAAUCUGCGAAGAAAACGUGGUGGUAGGCUGUGAGGUGGCGGGCGGUGCUGUGGCUCUCUCCACACCGUACUGCAAACUAAUACAAGCCGCUAACUACAACAGAGAAGACCAAGUGCUCCUGUAUCGCGAAUUCUUAUCCUUCGUAUAUCCUGCGUUAUACAUGAGCCCCAAAAUAUUCACGAGAUUCAUGGUGGACGGAGGCUGGCAAAAAUCCAAUUGUCUCAGUCUGUUCAGGGCAGCGGAUAUUAGUAACCGUGGUGGUUUAUCGUUCAUGGAGAUGUUGCUGUGGACCGCGGCCGUGGAGCCCGAGACGACUCACGAGGAAGUAGCCGCGGAGAUGCGAUGCAAAUAUAUAUUCAGAUACUUCGACGGUAACCGCGACUGUCAACUGGAAUAUAUAGAACUGAAGGAGUUGAUAGCGGCCGCUCGGACGGCGUGCGGGCUCAUCGCUGACUCGCUCACUGUGGCCAAGGAAGCCGACCAGUGUCUUAGAGAGUUGUGUCUGUCGGGAGCGGCGCUGCUUCCCCUGGAGGAGUACCUGCGGUGGGCGGUCACUGAGUGUCCCGGAGCGGCGUCCCUUUUGAGAGCGCCCGUGUCCUGUGUCGCGCGUCUCCGGGAUCUACUCUAUAUACAAGAACGGAUACAAAGUCCGAUGCCUACGUCUAAGGAGAAUUUGGAACCGGAUGACGACGUUACGGCCAACUCUAACGUAGCGAACGAAUCGUCGGAGGCCCCGGCGCUUGUGAGGGGUGUGAAUGGAGAAUAUUCGUUGGCCACGUGCGUGGUACAACUCAGAAGACAAGCUGAGCCUGAGAUACAGCAUCUUAACAGUUUUGAGGUGAGUUCAUCCACAGCCCGCCUCGUAUCUCUGUAUAGCAACUCUCUGGUACUCCUCGGAGACGGAGCUGCCCCGACUGAGGCCUUCGCAGCCGUACAUUACUUCGCCUCUGCCAUCGACAAGCCUGCCCACAGGCGCGUGUCGGGCGGCGGCUCGGUGGUGGUCAGUAAGUCAGCGUUCUCGUGGGUGGAGGCGAACGAGGGUGCGGCGCUGGGAGCGAGGCUGCUGCGGCUGGCGGAGCGCGUGCGGCCGCUGUGUCUCAAAGAACCGAGGCUGUUGUCACUGAGCUCGCCUGUCUAUGCUAUAGGAGAUCUACACGGCAACCUCGCCGCUCUUCUAGCAAUGGAAGCGCUUCUUUGGCCUAACGGUACGGCUCUGAUGCCGGGCGGUUUGUUGUUCUUGGGAGACUAUGUCGAUAGAGGUCCUCACGGUACAGAGCUCCUGACUUACUUGUUUGCCGCAAAAAUACAAAGACCAGACGCGAUACAUUUGAUAAGAGGGAAUCACGAAACUAGAGAAAUACAGAAAAUGUUUACCUUCUACAAUGAGUGUAUUGACAAAUAUGGCGAAGUCGAAGGCUUACGGAUCUGGAACGCUGUGAACGACGUGUUUGAUGUUCUACCGCUGGCGGCCAUCGUCGAUGAGAAGGUGUUCUGUUGUCACGGCGGCAUCCCCCCGCCCUGGGUGUGUCCUCUAGCGGCGGGCGUGAGUCGUGUGCCGGCUCCCUUACCUCGACCCGCCGAACAGAGCGCGCUCGCCUGGGAACUAUUGUGGAAUGAUCCCGUCGACGAGUCCAAGGCGCCGGCGGCCGUGGUGCUGGAGCUGAACUCGUCGGAAGGCUUCGCCCGCAACUGGCGGCGCGGAGUGGGCCACGUGUUCAGCGCGCGGGCUCUGCGGCGGUUCCUCAAACACAACCGACUCAGCGCCGUGCUGAGGGCGCACCAGCUACACUCCAGGGGGUUCAUGGUGCAGCUCGGCGGGCGGCUGGUGUCGGUGUUCUCGUCGUCUCACUACUGCGGCGGGAACAACUCGUCGGGCGUGGCGCUGCUGCAGCGGACCGUGCUGCGGCUGUUGCAGGUCGAGGACUGA